GAACCACCACCAGCGCCUCAUCUCCGUUCUCGUGCCGUCCGUCGUCGUCAAUUCCCACUGCGUGACCUUCUUCAAUAGCUCCACCUCUCUCCCAGCCCGUACCUUCCAUCUCACGCGUCCCCCCUGAAUCCCGGUUGCCUCCCCGUGGAGCAGAUGUCUAUCGCAACCACCGCCCUCACCCGCCUCGAUCGCCUCUCCCCGCUUCCCGCUUGCCCCUGCCGCGCCCGAUUCGCGACUCCUGUUUCCUUCUCGCUUCUCUUUUCGCGGGAUCGGCACCUACUUCCUCUGCAGCAGGCGACACCAACACAUGCUUCGGCCGACGCGUAUCGCUGGAGAAUCGGCGCCGCUUUCCCAGGUGAUGCUAUCGCUGGGAAUCCGAGCAGGGAUUUUCGGGGCUGCCUGGGUUUGGAUGAGCUUCUUUUAGUUGCCGAAGUGCUCUGCGUGGCGCCAGCCGUCAUGUGUUCGAUCUGGGUCCUCGCGAGUAGCGCAUUUACCGGAGCAUUAAAGGGUUUCCAUAUGUCAUUUGGAAGUAAUUUUUUUGUCUUGCAAUACUCGCUGCUUGUUGGAGCGGUGGUGGUUGGGAGUAUGAUUCGUUGCAGGCAGUGGCGGAGGAUUUGCAGGGCGAACAAAGAUGGAGUGGUGGUUGGUUUUGUUGGGAGGCUCGAGAAGGUGGAAGAGGAUAUCCGGAGCUCGGCCACCAUCCUUAGGGUUUUAUCUAAGCAUCUUGAGAAGCUUGAUACUAGGUUUAGACUCACUAAGAAGGCCUUAAAAGAACCCAUUCGUGAGACGGCAGCCUUAGCACAGAAGAAUUCCGAAGCUACUCGAGCAUUAGCUAUACAAGAGGAAAUUCUUGAGAAAGAGCUUAGAGAAAUCCAAAAGAUUUUGUUGGGAAUGCAGGAGCAACAACAGAAGCAGCUGGAAUUGAUCCUUGCACUUGGCAAGCUAGGAAGAUUUUUGGAUACCAAGGAGAGCUCUUCAGAAGGUAGUUCUGCAACUAAUAAUCCCAUUUCAGUGAAGAAAGAACUGGAACUGGAAACCCAGUCAGAAAGACAUCUUGGAUGAUGUAACAUUAGAAACAGCUCAUUUUUACCGAGUUGUAAAGAUUUGGAAGAAGUAUCAGAUGAGCACUUACCAUUGGCAUAUAGGUGAAUAAGUGUUGCAGUAUUGGAGCCCAAAUGACUCGAAAAGUUGUUCAAGUCAGAGGGAGGAAUUGAAACCUUUCAAUGUAUAGAGCUUGAACAGGAUUAUUCUUAUUUUAUUUGGAAUCCGUGUUCUAUUCCAAGUUUGUAAUGUUUUGCUUUUUGUUGCUAGCAAAAAUGAUCGAGUUCUGAAAA